CUUCCAGACCUUUCCGGCGUGUGACCGAGGCAUCGUCCUCGACCGAGAUCUACUCAGCAGGCCUGCGUUCUUUUUGGCGAGCAAUUCGGGGCAAAUAUGGGGUUUGAAAGGAAAAUGCUCACUAACGGCGACCCAGAAGAGGAGGAGGAAGAAGCCCCUGAAGAGAAGGAGGAGGAAGAAGAAGAGGAGGAUGAAGAGGACCUGGUGGAUCCCCUUGACGCAAUCCGCAGCAAGUGUGAGCAGUCUGAACACUGCCUGCACUACAAGGAGCGUCUGGAGCUCUGCGAGACGCGUGUCAGCUCCAGGUCCAACACCACUGAAGAGUGCACUGAGGAGCUCUUUGACUUCCUGCACGCGCGAGACCACUGUGUCGCAACCAAGCUGUUCCACAUUGUGAAAUGACGCGUGUGACGGACGUGACUGCUAGAACUGUAAAAUAUGGAGGGGAGUACUUUCAAAUUAUUUUUCUAUUUUAGUAGCGUACACAUUGUGUGGGGGUCCUGGUCUAAACACACCAUCCUCCUCACAUAAUGAUAUGAGUCAAUUUGUACAUCUAGUGUGUGUGUGUGUGUGUGUGACAAUCAUUGGUACUUUAACUUUAACAUAGUCAGUCUGCUUGUUUUGUGCGCAGUUCCUAUAAGAAAUAUGAAAUAACAAGGUUGUGGAUUUUACCUCUGGACUCGUACAUAAAAGGGUUUAUCACAGUCAUUUGUCAGCAGGAUUACUCAAAAAAGGGGCUAGAAAGACACAUUGGAAGGCUAUAGUGUAGAGAAAAUACCUUUCCAACAAAUACCGUAUUUUUCGGCGUAUAAGUCGCUCCGUAGUAUAAGUCGCACCGGCUGAAAAUACAUAAUAAAGAAGGAAAAAAACAUAUAUAAGUCGCAUUUUUGGGGAAAUUUAUUUGAUAAAAGCCAACACCAAGAAUAGACAUUUGAAAGGCAAUUUAAAAUAAAUAAAGAAUAGUGAACAACAGGCUGAAUAAGUGUACGU